UGAAAAUGAUUUAAAACACAUCUAUGCGACAGAAGUCAUCGAUUUUAAAACAUCUCCUCUGUAACCGCUUAGAACCAGUUCUAACUCUACUCGCAUGCUCAGCUAAUCAAGCUAACGGUCAUCCCUGUGAAACUAUAACUUACGAACAGAGAGCUGUCUAAAAUAAACUAAUGGUUCGAGUUCAAAAAGUUAUACAGAAGUUAAAAAAACAACAAAAAAAAACUGUCCCAAAAUAGUUGUAGAGCUCAGGUGUCUCUUCGUAGGUUUACCUGGAGAAACGCAUAGGUGCGUCAGUCUCCCCCCAUCACUUCUGCCUCCUAAUAAAGGUGUCUUUUGCCUGGAGGUAGGACUGACACCGUGAUGGGACCACUAACGUCAUGUUAAAGCUUGAACCCUGCUUCUCACCCAUGUGCUGCAUUCUGAGCUGCUGCUUAUCGUUGCGACGCAGUCCAGCUGUUAAGACAUUGAACAUGCCUCCAACCAAGGACGUAAAAUGAUCAAUUGAAAUCCAUCCGAUCAAUGGACAAGAAGAGGUUUCCUGGCACAAUGUCCAGGCAGAUGGAUUUGUCGUCCAAGAGACGCCCCUGUGUUGGAAGUGGGCUGACCUUCCCCCAGCCUCCACCGCUCGCCUCCACCGUCCAGUAUGGUCGUAUUCAGGCUGUGGAGGUUGCGAGAGGAAGAACAGGGUAUGGCUUCACGCUGACAGGCCAAAGUCCUUGUGUCCUCAGCUGCGUCCUUAAAGGAAGUCCCGCAGACUACGUGGGGCUGCGCUCAGGGGACUGCAUCCUCUCCGUCAAUGACAUCAAUGUCUCCAAGGCAUCGCACGAAGAUGUUGUCAAACUGAUUGGACGCUGCUCUGGCAUUUUAAAGCUUGUCAUUGCUGAGAGCGACCGUCACAGGCGCCACCCUCAACGCACUGCUGGCAGUCGUCACCACAGCAGCAACAUGACGGCGGCGGCUUACCUUGAUUCUUGCUCCAGUGAUGACGAGCUGGAUGUCUUUUACAAUAACGGUGCGAGCAACAACAAUAACAUCAGGCCAGGCUGUGGAACGAAAGGAGGUUGGUACAAACCAAAACUCGAUUCCAAGCAGCUUGGCAUCAACAGAGCAGAGAAGGUGGUGGCAGAGUUGCAAUCUGGAGGGAUCUUCAACAUGAUCUUUGAAAACUCCAGCCACUCCUCCAGCAGCUCGGACAAGGACAGACCCGGGAUGAGCUUGUCCUCAAAGCCACGGCAGCUGUCUGAUCCGGACUUCAAUCCAUACCGGAACGCCUCCUGUUCCCAGAGCAAUCCCAACCUUCUGUCUGAGGAGGAGAUGGCCCAGGUGCUAAAUGAUGAUUCGGUCUUCUUGGAGUCUGACUUCCGUCACCUCCACCUUCACCACCACGAAGAGCAAGAUAUGGAUGUAGGAGAAGGUGCUGACUUUGGUCUAGAGCCCAGCGAAGAAAUCCUUAACGUAGGGAUGAUCGUGGGGUAUCUCGGCUCCAUCGAGCUCGCCUCAACAGGGACCAACUUGGAGAAUGACAGCCUGCAAGCCAUCAGAGGGAGCAUGAGGCGCCUCAGGGCCGAGCAAAAGAUUCAUUCAUUGGUCCUCAUGAAGGUCAUGCAUGACUGCGUGCUCCUGUGCAGUGACAGAGGUCAGGUCCUGGCCACCUACCCUGCAGAAAAACUAGCCUUCAGCGCCUGUUGCCCUGACGAUCGACGAUUCUUCGGACUGGUAACCAUGCAAGCCACGGACGAACAUGACGAUCAGCACUUCAGCAGCGGGCGAGACGACGAGGGGGGCUUAAGGACCUCGUGUCACGUGUUCAUUGUGGAUCCGGAACUGUGUCACCACCAGGUCCAUCUGGGGGUAGCCAGGAGGUUUGGCUUUGAGUGUACCCCUGAUCCGGACACAGGGGGCUGCCUGGAGUUCCCGCCCAGUUCCCAGCCUCUACUCCAGUUUGUUUCUGUCCUCUACCGAGACAUGGGGGAUAAUAUUGAGGGGGUUCGGGCCCGUGCUUUCCAUGAUCCAGACAAUGAUGCCCAGCAGAACCACAGCACCAGCAGCAACAGCGAUAGUGGAAUCGGCAACUUUUUACCUGAGGAGAAGAGCAACAGAGUCCUUUUAGUUGACCUUGGAGGCCCUCCCAACCACAACCACAUGUCCGGGGCACGCCACUGGGACAGCCCGCCUUCAUCUCAGCAGGCCUGGAGCCCCAUCCUCGGAGCUACUGCCUCCCUACCGCCUCCUCCUCCCCCCCCUCCUCCAAUGCUUAGAAAUGGUCACUACCUUCAUGAUCCACACCUCGCCGACCUCCCUCACCCUCUCCCCCUGGCUCAUCCUGACCUGCCAAGCAGACUCUCACGAGGACUCAACCCACACCACUACUCAGCUGGGAAAUUGGGAGGAGCUAUGGGGGGAGGAGAAAGGAGAGGAGCUGGAGGAGGAGGAGUAGGGGUGGAACCUCAGAGGUGGCUGCCAGUCCAUGUGCUGAGAGACUGGCGUCAGCAGCACCACCACCACCACAGCCACUUCCAAGGUUUGAGCAGCGAUCAGGAGUCCUACGCCGAGUCCACUGACGGAUGGUCUUCAGCCAACUGCAGCACCCUGCCACCACCUAUGAAUAAGAUCCCUGCCGACCGCUACCGGGCCCCGCUGGCCCCAGGGGACCACAUGCAUCCACCUGGUGUCAGUCACCCGCCUCCUCCUCCUCCUCCUCCUCCUCUGCCUGCAAUCCCCCACAGCCACCGGCUGGCUGCUCAGAAAGAUGAGUGGGCCAAGAAACUGUUCGGUGCAGGAGACCGGGAGCGUAACGGAGCACGGAAAGUUGAAAGAGAGAAAAAACGAGAGGUAAACUCAAAGGAGGGAGAGAAAAAGGGUCGGUUUCGCGGUUUGACGAUGGGAUUCCCUCCUCUGCCCCAGCGCUCUUCAGCCAGACGCUCCUUUGGGCGCUCCAAACGCCUCAGCAUGGCUCGCUCCCUGGACGACCUGGAGUCCGCUGCAGUCUCUGAUGGAGAACUGAACAGUGUGGAGCUGCAGGGCUGCAGCAGCGACAACAGUCUGAACAGUAAUGCCAGCCUGCCCAGCGUUCAAAGUCACCGGCGCCACACUGAGAGGAGGGUGGCCAGUUGGGCCGUCUGCUUCGAGCGGCUGCUGCAGGACCCUGUAGGAGUCCGCUACUUCUCGGAGUUCCUAAAGAAGGAGUUUAGCGAGGAGAACAUUUUGUUCUGGCAGGCCUGUGAAUUCUUCAGCCAUGUCCCUGAGCAUGACAACAAGCAGCUCUCGCAGCGUGCCAGAGAGAUCUACAACAGCUUCCUUUCCAGUAAAGCUACAACACCGGUCAACAUCGACAGUCAAGCCCAGCUUGCCGAUGACAUCCUCAACGCACCAAAGCCCGACAUGUUCAAGGAACAGCAGCUGCAGAUCUUCAACCUGAUGAAGUUUGACAGCUACACGCGAUUCCUCAAGUCUCGGCUGUACCAGGAGUGCAUGCUGGCUGAGGUGGAGGCCAGACCGCUUCCUGACCCUUAUCACAUCCCCAGCAGCCCAACGUCAAAGCACAGCACCACCGGCUCCGACCGUUCCAACCUCUCCACUCCCAAGAAGGAGGACAAGAAGACCAAAUCAGGUCGAUCUUUGAACGAAGACAGUCGGGAUGAUUCAGGAGACCGGAGGAAGGGCAUGUUUUUCUCCUGGUCCCGCAAUAGGAGCUUCGGCAAAGGCCCCAAAAAACGAGAGCUGGCUGAUUUUAAUUACAAUUUUCCUGGCACUAACGGUCGUCGGGAGUCCCAGGGUUCCCUGUCCUCAGGAGCCAGUCUGGAACUGGGGACGUCAGGGUCGGGGAAGAAUGAGCUUGAUAUUUCCCGUGGUGCAGUAUCAGAACGAGGAGGAAGCAGCACCCCCUUGAGGCAGUGUAACAUUAGCUUGCCGGACGGCUCUUGUUGCCCGGUGUCGCUUCGGCCCGGCAUGUCCAUCAGAGACCUGCUGCAGGGCCUUUGUGAGAAGCUCUGCAUCAACCUGGCAGCCAUAGAUCUCUUCCUAGUAGGAGGAGAGAAGCCACUUGUUUUGGACCAAGACUGUAUGACCCUGUGCUCCCGAGACCUUAGACUAGAAAAACGCACUCUAUUCAGACUCGACUUGGUCCCCAUCAACCGCUCUGUGGGCCUAAAAGCUAAACCAACUAAACCAGUGACUGAGGUCUUGAGGCCUGUUGUGGCCAAAUAUGGCCUGCACCUCUCUGACUUGGUGGCACGAAUAAGUGGUGAGUCAGAGCCUUUAGAUCUUGGACUUCCUAUUUCCAACCUGGACGGUUUGCGAGUUGUAUUAGACAUAGAAGAUGCUGUGGGAAAAGAAAAAAUCAAAGCAGCUCAGAGUAACCUUCCAGCCUCUACAAGCAGGAACCAGCCAGCAACAGGGGACGACAGGCCAUCAAGGAAAGGCGGUUCAGCCCACCCCCAUGGGGAAAAUGGCAAGGCUGGGCCCGGCCUUGACACAAGCAGCCAGCCCUUACCCAACCACUCUGUCUCUCUGCAUAAGGCUCCUGGGAAAAGAAAGCAGAAAAAGAUUAAUAUAGACGAAGUUGAAGAGUUCUUCGACCUCAUUUCCAAAGCUCAGAGCAACCGAGCCGACGACCAGCGAGGCCUGCUGAACAAGAGCGACCUGCAGCUGCCGGACUUUCUGCGUCUGUCACCAACCAACCCGACAGCUCGUCUUCCCUGCAACCCCGAGCCCAUCUGCUCCACCCCGAAUUCCCGUAACACCAGCAAUGGCAGCUUCCCCAGCAGCAGCCACCGUGGCAACAAGGGAAAUGGCAAGCACAGGGCAGGGGUAGUGAGUGGGUCCCACCUGCUCAGUGCGAGCCAUCAGUCACAGAGCUUGGACUCAGCACUUGGCGCAGAGUACAGAGGGGGCAGGAAAGCCAGACCACACCCUCCAUUUCCAGCCACCGUCCAGCCAGCUCAAACCACCAUGCAGGGUCUCCCCCAGGACCCAGCCAGGGGGGAAUCAAUCCAAAUGCUCGAGGAGGACACUCUGUCUGAUCUAACUCUAGUGGGAGAGGGGGACAUUAACAGCCCCAGCCUCAACUACAUCACUCCUUCCGCCCUGUUGAGUAAACCCCUCCCCCGACCUCAGCACCAAGCACAGGAUGGUCGGCCUAGCUCAGGUACUUCGCCUGUGUGAACUCUCUGAAACCACUGAACUUGCACCGGUCCCUUCACCUGACUGUUAGUGGGACUGGAGACCCACUAGAGUCAGUGUGAAGUUACUUCAGUGGCCACUACUCACAUUUGACUAAAAAUGCAUCUGAAUCCCCUUCUAAAAUAUAUUUCUGUUCAUUAGAUACAUCACUACAGUUUUAUUCCAGAUUUGUCUAAAAGUACACACAACUAAUGCUAAAGGUUAGAGCUAAGAGCUUAAUUGCAGACAAUAGAGAUUAAAUUGUAUUUAGAAAGACAGCAGUAGAUCUGAUAAAGUGAGGUGUGCACUACUUUGCAGCAAGCAUCCCAUUUUAAGCAUACUAAAAUCUGUCAAAAAUACAAAGAGAGGAAAAAUGGAUGCAUUAAGUGUGGACAAAAUGUGCCCCUGGAAUUUCCCUGUGUGGUGUGUAUCUGUGUGGACUUUUCGACGGGCUUGCUGUGGAUUUCUGUUUGCUCUGAGACAGAAGACUGAGAGUGAGCUUGUUAAAGACCUGUGUCACAUUCACUCCUCCAGUCUCUAAAUGUACAGAAUCUUAACAAUGCACUUUAGCCAACAGUAAACAAGACUUUAACUGUCUGAAUGUUAUUUUUUUGCUGUUACUCUUCUUCACACUAGCUCUUCUCAUCUGUUUCAUAGGACAUGUGACUGAGCUGCCAUAUGUUUAGAAAAUAAUUAUCUCAGUAAUAGAGAUGCGUCAAUAAAAAUCUCGUGGCUGGUUUCUGAUCCCUGGUUUUUGCAAAGCUUUGACCUGCCAUUAUAAUUGUUCCUGAUUCUGAAUUCUCAUUAAGAGCUACUACAUAAACCCACGUUGAAAACAUUUCUUGCUAGACUCAUUAACUAUUAUAUGAGGAGCACAGACCACCUUCUCUAAGAGAGCGUGGUCACUGUUAAACAAUUGUUUAAAACAAAGACAAAAAACUGUGUUUAGCAUCUUAAAUUAGCAGUUAGCAUGGCUAGCAUCACUAAAACCAGUCUUUGUGUUUAUUCCCUUGCCCUAGAGAAUGUUGAUCCUUUUAUCAACUCUUAUAUUUUCUAAAAUAACAUGUUACAAGUUCUAAAGAAUAAAUAAGAGCAACUUUGCUUCACUCCGUUUAGCCUUCCUGUUAUCCUCCAAAAGUCUCACGCUCUCUUUCUCUUUUGUGUCCCGAAUGAACCGCAGACAUUUCUCGACAUGUCAUAGAAUAUUGUUACCUCUCACAUAGCUUCUUACAUCUCUGUGCUUCCUUUGAGCAUUUUUAAACACCUCCCUGACACUGGAAAUGGCUAACUUAAGUCUUCUACACUCAGUAACAACUUUCACAUUGAAGAGUGUUACACUGAAACCUGGUUGGGCUUAGGUUUGGUGCAUUCAGUGAUUAGAACAGGUCAGGGCUGAUCAAGCUGAAACUUGUCUGAUUCUGGUUACCAACCGCUGACUCGGUGCGUCUGUACUCAGUAGUCACUAGAAACUAAAUACCAGGCAUGGCCUGAUAGCUUAAUAAAAUACUACAGUUCUCAAGAGAUCAUAUUGUUUUUGACAUCACGUUGUAACAGCUGGCUGGUCUGACCCAAUAAAGACAGAGGCUACACUACCUUUGCAUACAUGCUUUUUAAAAAUCCAUUUCCAUCAUUGUUCUCUUACCUCAGGCUUUUCGACUGUAUCACAAGUGCUUAUGCGUGCAAUCUUGCUCAUUGAUUAAGGGAUCUUUAAUAAUGUGCACUGACUGUAAACAAGCAGCUUUUUUCUCAUUCAUCUACCAUCUUUGUUUCAGAUUAGAAAGCUUUGAGCUGGGUUUCCUGCAGGCUUCUGUCUGGACACGUUUAUUCUGAAUUUUUAACUUUACUGUAUAAAGCCAUUAAUUUAUGCAUCAUGUUGUUUUCAUUGUUACCAUUGGUCAAAAGUAUUAGUUUGUAUAUACUUCCCUAUCUGCAACCACAGUGUUGCUGUAGUCAUUGUUGAAUGGUAUUGCAGCCAUGCUGUCUCAUUAGGAAUCGGUUCAGCUGAGUUGACUUUGCGCUCUGUAAAUAGGUCAAAUAAAUGUUUUACAAGUUGGA